GUAUCUUUGCGACUAGAUCAACCCAUUAGUUUAGGAUUGCUGUUCAACGUCGUCGCUGCUUGUGUGACGCCCUCCUAAGUAUCCUUGCGUUGGGUCGGCCUCUCCGCCACCGACAAUCUUCUCCGCAUAUCCCCGGCACCUACAACAUCAUAACAAAAUAUGAACACCACGUUUGCGAGAUCCCUGCUGAAGGCCUUGCCUUCAGUUGGCCGGUCAUGCCAACUUCGUACCUCCUCUGCCCGGCUCAUCAGGCCCUUCUCCUCAACCUCCGGGGUCGCGUCAGAUGCCAAAGACAAGUCCCGUGCCAUCGAGAGGCAGAUUCUGAAUGCGCAGCCCGAGGCAACUGCUGACGAGAACUCUGCCCUGUCCGCGAUCACCAAAAUGAUGCAGGGAGAAAGGACUCGCACAAAUCAUGCCGUGAGCCGUGAUUACUCUAAGAUGGCGGAGAGCCUGGAAGCAGAAAUGAUUAAGCAACCAUACGCCGACCGUGUUCCUCCCCAUCAUUUACACGUCUAUUCACAUAAGCACAACACCAUUUUGACCUUGACACGGCCCAAUGGCAAUCCGCUUCUGUCCAUGGGCUGCGGUAACCUGGGCUUCCGCAAAGGCCAUCGUUCGGGGUACGACCCGGCAUAUCAAUUGACGUCCCAUGUGUUCGGUCAGAUGCAGGAACGGGGCUACCUGCUUGAUAUCAAUCGCCUGGAGGUCGUACUCCGUGGGUUUGGCCCGGGCCGUGAGGCAUUUACCAAGGUGUUACUGGGUGGUGAAGGAAAGAACAUUCGUGGGCUGGUCAGCCGAGUAACAGACGGCACUCGUAUAAAGUUCGGUGGUACCAGGAGCAGAAAGGUCCGGAGAUUGGGUUAAAAUCAUACACAUCACUGUUAUCUGGCUAUCUUCUCUGGUGUUAUAUUCGUCCUAGGGGUGCUAGGGUUGAAGCCGUAAGGGCCGGCGAUAGUGUUUUCGACCUACAGGUAUCAUGGGCGGCGUGGGGAUAUUCUUCUGGAUUGCCAUGCGAGGUGCUUUCCAGUGUCGAUCCACGAAACACAUUAUCUAUGGAUUUUGUCAGAGACGAACGGAAGAGAAGACUUUUUUGAAAUGGGUUGUUCUGUUACUUAUAUCUGUAUAUUAGCCAUUAUGUAUCGGAGAUACUCGGGAUAUCUUUAUUCUUAUUUUUGUUUUUAUAUUUCUUUUCAUUUAUAUAAGGAUCGUUUAUCU